GCCACCAGCUCUUAAUAGUAGUGGGAGUCGAUGCAAUUCAAGGGGGUUGGGGCGCAAUAUCGAAAACAAUGAUCAAGAUAAUCUCAAGACGGGCCCGAGGGUUCAUCCAACCCCCGUAUCCUCGUCUUGGCCCGGGGCCCAAAUUAGCGCAGCAUCACUGCGCAUGCCACGCCUCUAGCGCACCGGAGAUUUUCUUAUAUCGGCCUACUAGAUGAGCCGAAACGACCUCCACCACAAUCUGCAAUCUCAGUUAUUAGUGCAACGUUUAAGUGACCGUUAGGGCUUGAUGAUGACUUCGGCAGCAGCAGCAACUCCGCUCCAGUACUGCCAACAGAAUAGUGCGCAAACUCAGAUGUCACCACUUCUUGUAGGAACCUACCCCAGGAUCUAUAGCCACCAACCUUUCGCAAUGCAGUCUCAAAUAUCACCAGCUUCAACAACUUCUUGCUCCAGUGAUGGUUACUUACCACAAACACCACUAGAAGUAUCACAUCCCUCAAUAGACUACACUCAUUACCAGUCGCCUUAUACCCAUCAGGGUUACCACAGCAACCAGUAUUGGUUUCAACAUUCACCUCCACCAGCUGACAUCGCUACCAGUGGCUAUCAACCUCAACAAACCAUCCCCACCCAACAAUACCAUUCUUAUCAGUGGCCACAAAACUACAUGUCAUCAUUGUCCAUGAAAAUGAUGAAAUCGGACAUCUCCAUGACAGAUUUGGCAGGUUUGGGUUCCAAAGCGAGAAGAUGCAUCAAAUGUCAAUGUCCAAAUUGUAUCAACGAAGAGAACGGCCUUAGAAAACCUGCCUCCAAGAAGUUACACAUCUGCCAUUAUCCAGGCUGUGAUAAGGUUUAUGGAAAGACGUCUCAUCUGCAAGCCCAUCUGAGAUGGCACACUGGUGAAAGACCCUUCGUCUGCAAUUGGCUGUUUUGUGGAAAGAGGUUCACGAGGUCAGAUGAGCUACAGAGGCACCUCAGGACUCACACAGGUGAAAAAAGGUUCGUUUGCAACGUGUGCACGAAGAGGUUCAUGAGGUCCGACCACCUUGCCAAACAUUUGAAGACACAUAAGAACUCCAAGAAAUCUCCAACACCUCCUCCUUCAAAUGCUGAAUCCAGUGAACAAUCUGUUAAAGUGCCGGUUAAAAGUGAAAAUGUAGAACCUCAAUAUAACAUCAAUUUCAUCGCAGCGCCUCAAAAUAUGUACAGCAAUUAUCAAACUAUUUUCUCGUGAUGAUAACUCAUGUUCUAGUUAGGUGUAGAUAUAUUUUUUUAUUGAAUUGUAUAUUAUAUGACGUUGAACUCACAGGAAUUGAGGGACCAUAUUGUUG